CGUAAUGUUUCGAUUGCGGACAUUAAGUUACUUUGUUGUACCCUAGUAGAGAACUGUGGCUAUUAAUUUCAAGUUAUUGAACAUACCCUGGCGGAUUAGUCAGCCAGCUGGACUGUGUCAACACACUCAGAGGGAUAAACAUGUAUAUUUUACGUCUGACUUUAUAACACAUAUUUUUCAUAUGUCGAUGCUUUUAAAAAGAGGGUUGGUAAGAAAUAAUAUAAAAGAAGUGGCUGCUCGGACGAGAAAAAGUGCUUGUAGCUAGUGGUAGCUAACUGUAAACUGGGAUGCUAUAUCGUUACCAUGAGCUAAAAGAAGCUAACGGUAACGGUAUGCGAACAGCAUCAGCCGCUGGGAGUUGCUGCCUCUUCUGCCUUAACUAUCAGCACAGCGAUUUGACUGCUUACCAGCUAGUAAAUUCGAUAAUCUGAACUAAGACACUUGUUUCUAUUUUAUACGGUGCCUUUUACUGCCUGAUACUCCAGCAUGGGGAUGUGCUUACCGUGCCUUGGUGGAGCAGCGGACGACGUUGUUGUCACACCAGAUCCAGACAUAAGGAGACGACAAUUGGCAGAGGCUGCUGAGAAAAGACAGAAAGAGAAAUUCCACUUGCAAACCCGUAAGAGCCAUGCUAAAGUUGUAUCAAGACAACAUACAGAGGGGUUAAAAAUCCAGAAGCAGUCGAGAGAAAAAAGAAGAAACAGGAAGAAAUUGAAAAACAGGAGAUGACCUCCUCUGUGUCUGGAGGGGGCGGCGGGUUAAGGUGGCAGGUUGGCUGAAAAUCAAGAUGGAAGUCCAAAACAAGGUGAAGAAUUGAAGCAAGACGACUUGAAAGAUGUUUGAACUGCUGUCAUUUUUCAUUUUUUGCCUUUUAAAAAAAAUAUUAUGAGACAAAUGAGGCUACAGGUGAAAUGCUUUAUGCAAAACAAUCUGAAGUGAUUACAGACAGAACAGCAGGAAUAACCCUCUUGUUGCCAAGUUAUACAAGUUGUACCUUUAGACAAGUCAGGGAUAACAGACAUGUGUAAGUAUACAGGUCGUACUGUAUCAGUUGUAUUUAAAAAUAGGUUUGAUGACAGUCUUACAGUGACCACCAUUAGAAAACAGUAAAUAAUAUGAUGAUUAAGUCCAGCUAUAAAUCUGUUGGCUGUUCUCAUAUUCAGUCAAUGCUGUCAUUAACCACUUUUUAGCUUUUUCACUUCACUGCUUUUAGUUUACACUGUGGAGGAUUUGUAAAUCCACAUUGGCCGUACUGCUUUUGGUACGACUUUUUCAAAAAUCUGUCAAGGAAAACACAGUUUAUGUUUACAAACUUUAAGUGUGCUUAUUGAAAGAUUUUCAUACAGUAAAACAAGCACCAGUUAACACUUAUUUAACCUAAUUGAAGGCUCUUUUUGUGGGCAACAUAAAGACUUGUGCAAGAAGUGCUAUAACUUAUUUACCGGACUUGUGAAGACUUUGCCUGUUCCCGGACGGUGGUUCUGUGAUCUGUGAGGCAUUGUGCUGAGGAAAUGUUUGAUAACCACGUCUGAACUCAAUGCAACAUUACUGAGUUUAAGAUUCAGUCUGGAAGUACAUACUUUAAUAAAAGAAAGCAGCUUCAAAAUACUAGUUUAUAAUAGAAACCAUUGCUGUUAAUAAUCCUGUGCACAUGGCCUCUUGCAUCAGUCUUUGCUCUAACCCGUUUAAUAGAGGCAUUUUUGUUUUUGAUCUGCACAAUUUAAGUGUGUUGCAUUGAAUUACAAUGUGUGCAAACCACUGAUGUGAUGCCUGCUUUAUUUAUAUUAUAUGAAAUGUGUUUGUGACAAACAGAAGCUUUUGUAAGACAUCUAUUUGCACAGGGUGGGUGUGAGCAGCAAACAUACUUUCUAACACUAUGCUGGAGAUAGAAAUGUCAACUGUAAUAGAAACGGGAAAAACCUUUAGUAGGAAAAGCAAGUCUGUACGGUACACAGGGAAGAAUUUACUUUGACGUGCUUAACUAAGUGCAUUUCUUAAAGCCUUCACUUGAUCCUUUAAGGCUUCUGGUGCUCCUACCAUUUUGUAGAACAGCACACAUAGCCAAUGUUAUUUGCUACAAUAAAUCACAUUUCUGCUA